AUGCCGCAUCCUCACCGUGACCCCAUGGCGGGUACCGGCGCCCCGGGGCUCCUCCUGUGCGUGGCUCUGGUGGCGGCGGUGGCACCGCGGGGCACGUGGUGCGGGAGCUGCCCCCCGCGCUGCAUCUGCGCCUCCAACAUCCUGAGCUGCUCGCAGGCGGUGCUGAGCGCGGUGCGGCGCCGCUGCCGCGCUUCACGCGUGCUGGACCUGAGCCACAACAACGUGAGCCGGCUGCGCGCCGACUGGGCCCCGGGGCGCCUGGCGCACCUCCACGCGCUGCUGCUCAGCCACAACGGGCUCUCCUUCGUGUCCACCGAAGCCUUCACCCACGUCCCUCACCUCCGCCACUUGGACCUGUCCUCCAACCGCCUGCGCGCGCUGGAGGAGAACCUCUUCAGCGACCUCGCCGAGCUCGAGGUGCUGCUCCUCUACAACAACGAGAUCUCCACCGUGGACCGCACCGCCUUCGAGAACCUCAACCGCCUGCGCAAGCUCUACCUGGGCCAGAACCGCAUCGCCCGCUUCCCGCUGGAGCUGCUGCGUGACGGCAGCCGCCUGCCCCAGCUCGCCCUGCUCGACCUCUCGGCCAACCGCCUCCGCCACGUGCCCGUGGGCGAGCUGCAGGCGCUGCCCGCCUGGCUCCGCGACCGCCUCUACCUGCACGGCAACCCCUUGGCCUGCGACUGCGCCCUCUUCCAGCUCAUGGCCCGCGGCCGCCGCCGCCUCAGCGCCGUCGUGGACUUCCAAGAGGAGCUGCGCUGCGCGUUGCCGUCGGUCCCGGUACCCGUGGGCAUCCUGGCGUUGGCCGGCCGGGCGCCGCUCAACUGCAGCGAGGCGCGGGAGGCGGUGCUGGAAGCGCACGUCGGGGACACGGUGACGCUGAGCUGCGACACGCGGGUGCGCGGGGCCCGCAGCCGGCACUGGGUGACGCCGGCGGGGGAACGGGUGCUGCAGGAUGGGGGCAACGGGAGCGCGGCGCUGCUGGCCAACGGCAGCCUGCAGGUGCGGGCGUUGCGGGCCGAGGACGCGGGGACGUACGCGUGUUGGGUGGCGGGGCCGGUGCUCAACGAGACGCUCUACGUGGAGCUGCUGGUGCACAACUUCACCCUGCACGGGCCCCACGACACCCUCAACACCGCCUACACCACGCUCGUGGGCUGCAUCCUCAGCGUGGUGCUGGUGCUCAUCUACCUGUACCUCACGCCGUGCCGCUGCUGCUGCUGCCGCGGCGGCACCGACAAGGCCCCCCCGCCCCGCGACGACAGCAUCAACUCCUCGGUGCUCAGCGCUACCCCCAACCACGCCGCCGGCGAGCCCGCGAGGUCCCGCUCCGCAUCCGGGGCCAGCGUGGGGCAGAACGGGAGGUUCAAAGCCGGGGGGACGCCGCAGGUGCCCCCCCGCCACGGCGCCAGGGCGCAGAGGAAGGUGUCGGAUCCGGACUCGGUCAGCUCCGUCUUCUCCGACACCCCCAUUGUGGUGUAGAAAGAGGGGGGGGGGGCACCCCAUGUCCAGCCCCCUCCCACCCCCCUCCCAUUCAAUGGAUGCGCUGCGGGCAAAGA